AUAAUUUCCAACAAUUCGUAGCGUUUCCGGUAGAAAUACUUCAACAUGGUGCUGGAAUGAAAACAAAUUUCAAUUAAUAUGUUUCAGUAACUGGUGUUUUCAUCUUAUCUAGAUAAAAGCCAGCAAUGGCUGUGUAUUUUGACCAUCGACUGGAUUGUGAUAGUAACUUUAUCAAGACAGAUAUUAGUUGGUCACCAUCUUCACUUUUAUUGGCUAUUACUUGUUAUAGUGAUGAAAAUGGUGGAGCAGUUCAACUUUUCACUGAAGAGGGAGAGAAAAUAGAGCACAGUGCAGUUCAAAAGCAUUGUCAUGUUUCGGUUGUGGCAUGGCAUCCAACAAAACGUAUCAUAGCUGUAGGAUGGGACACAGGAGAAAUUACCAUCUGGAAUGAACAAGAUCAUGAAGUCAGUGAUGCCGUUCAUAUUCAUAAAAAAGAAGUUUCAAUAUUACAUUGGAGUACUAAUGGGAGCAGACUCUCUUCUGGUGAUAAGGGUGGUGUAUUACAUGUGUGGAAAUCUGACAGUAAAGGUAGAUUACAACAAAAUCCAAUGUGUCAACAUCAUAUACAGGAAUCAUUAACAGCUAUAUUAUACCGACCGCCUACAAUAGGUGGUGAUCCAUCAGCUGAUAUAAGUUCAUUAGCUAGAGCUGCUGUCAGUGGAGAUGAGUCAGCCUUGGAUAUGUUUAAUUGGAAAAGAAGUAAAAACUCUAAACUGCAGUCCUUUGGACCCUCAGAAUCUCUCGCUUUCUUUAUUGGAGGUGGAAAUGGUGGUGUAUAUUAUGUAAAUGAAAAUGGUCAGUGUACCCAGUCUUUCUGUCUAGAUGCUAGUAUAAAAGAAUUAUUAUUCUAUGAAGAAAGAAGUAUAUUAGUUACUGUAACAAGUCAAUUACAGAUGACACAACAUGCUGUUUUACCUGAUGGUGGAACACAAGAGGUUUUAAAAGCUAAACUAAGUGGUAAAAGUGGUGGUUUAUCUGUAUUGUGGGCUGGUAAAGGUUUAUUAGCUACUGCUUCAGGUGAAAUGGUUGUCAGAAUGUGGGAUUUAGCUAGUGAAGAUAAUUAUGUUUUAAAUCUAGAUUCUAGCAAUAGUUACGAUGCUAAUGAAACCAUUAUCUGUAUCAGUUAUUGUCAUGAAAAAGGUACUUUGGCUGGUGGUACAAAUAUGGGUAACAUAGCAUUGUGGAAAUAUUCUCCUAGUCUAGGUAAAGAAGGUGACGCAGAGAGUAUGUGGAAAUUACAAUCUCCACCUGUUGUUGAUGGUCAAAUUACUCAAGUACAGUGGGCUCCUAAUAAAGGUUUUAUAGCUGCCAAUACUGUUGCUAAUGUGUUUAUGCUCAGUGAACAGGUCAUGAGUGCUAGUUUUAGAGAUGAGACAGCAGUUGUACAAUAUGGUCCAAGUUCUUUAGCUAUAGAAAUAUUUUCUACUGGUAAUAAUCAUGAUAUAAAAGUUGAUAUACAGAUUAAAGGGGCUUACACAACCAAGGAUGCCUUAGCUAUAUGGAAUGGAAAGAGAGUUAUAAUAUAUGAAUAUGCUGCAGAUAGAUCUGUUAUAAGAGCCACAGGAUCUUUUGUAACCGAGACGAUGGUGAUUUGUCUAUAUGAACAAAAUGUCUACACUAUAGAACAAAAUAAAGUACAAGUUCGAACCUUUCAGGGUACAGUUAAACAGGUGUUAAGUUUUAUCGAUAUGGAAGGUGUACCAAUAUGUUUAGAUAUCUGUGGUAAUUAUUUAGUGGUGGCUACAGAUGUUGGUGUAGUUAGAGUAUAUGAUUUAUCAAGAAGGGAAGCUAAGGCUCACAGUAAUGCUAAAGCUUUAGCUGAUUUGAUACCAGGUUUUGGUACUGUAAUAUCAGCUAAAUGUAACUGUACUGGUAAUAGAGUCAGUGUUUUAGUACAAAAAGGAGUAGAUAAUUCUAUAGAUCCCAAGUUAUAUUUCUGGGAUGUAGAAACCGAUUCUGUCCAGUAUUUUAAUUUUGAGUCUGGACGAGGUGAACAAGAUGAUUAUUUAGGCCCCAAAAAUGGAGAGGAAUUAGAUGAGGAUAUAAAUGAUGCUGAAAGGGGUAAAAAUCAAGCAUCUAAAGACAUUGCUGGUCGUUAUCCCAUUUCACAUUACUGGGAUAUGAUGGAACCUAAACUAGUUGUAUGUGAAGCCAAAUAUGUUCCUGUUAAAAUCACUAAAGACAGUAGUUUAUUUAAAAGAUCAAUAUCACUCAAUAAAUCUGACGAUGACUGUCCUGUAGAGAAGAUGAUAGUAUCAUUAUUUUGUACACCUGAGAAUGGUUUAUUGAUACAAGACAGUUUUCCUCUUAGUAUACAGCAUAAUUCUCUCAUUGGUAUUGAGGUUCCUCAUCUUUACUUUGUUCAAAAUCCUGAAACAUUAGAGGAUGAAAAUCAACAGUCUGAUAAUGGUGAAGACAUGCCUAUUUAUCCUAAAUUAGUAGCUAGACGUAUCAUGAGAGAUUUUGUUGGUUUAGAAUCUAGUGAUAAAUCAACUAGGGAUGCCAUGAUGAAUUUCAGUUAUUAUUUAACUAUAGGGAAUAUGGAUGAAGCGUUUAAAGCUAUUAAACUUAUUAAGAGUGAAUCUGUGUGGGAAAAUAUGGCUAAGAUGUGUGUUAAGAGCAGACGGUUAGAUGUGGCAACUGUUUGUUUGGGUAAUAUGGGAAAUGCUAGAGGUGCUAAGGCAUUAAGAGAAUCUGCUAAAGAACCAGAGUUGGAUGCUAGAGUUGCUGUAUUAGCUAUUCAGCUGGGACUUUAUGAGGAUGCUGAAAGACUACUAAAAAACUGUAAGCGAUAUGAUCUUCUGAAUGAGUUUUAUCAAAAUAGUGGGCAGUGGGAGAAAGCUCAAGAAACAGCUGAAAAAUAUGAUAGAAUACAUCUACGUACAACCAAUUAUAAUUUUGCUAAACAUUUAGAAGAUAUUGGUGAAACAGCAUUAGCUGUACAGAAUUAUGAGAAGUCUGGUACACAGAGAUUUGAAGUACCAAGAAUGUUUGGUGAUGAUCCUGAUAUAUUAGAACAGUAUAUCAUUAACAGUAAAGACAAAAAAUUAAGGAAAUGGUGGGCACAGUAUUUAGAGAGUACAUCAGAUAUGAAAACAGCUUUACAAUUUUAUGAAUCAGCACAGGAUUAUUUCUCAGUUGUUCGUGUUUAUUGUUAUUGUGAAGAAAUGGCGAAGGCAGCAGAGAUAUGUAAUGAGACCGGGGAUGCAGCAGCUUGUUAUUAUUUAGCUAGGCAAUAUGAAAACCAGGGACAGAUUAGAGAAGCUAUACAUUUCUUUAGUCGAGCUAAAGCUUUUGGUAGUGCUAUUCGAUUAUGUAAGGAACAUGAUAUAGAAGAUCAGUUAUUAAAUCUAGCAUUAUUAGGUCGACCAGAAGAUAUGAUGGAAGCUGCUAGAUAUUAUGAACAGAAACCAGGAUCACAAGAUAAAGCUGUCAUGUUAUAUCACAAGGCAGGUAACUUUUCUAAAGCUACAGAUUUGGCGUUUAAAAAUAAAGAGUUUGGUGCAUUACAACAUAUAUCAGGUGAUUUAGAUGAACGAGCUGAUCCUGAAUUAUUACGACGUUGUGGUGAUUUCUUCUUAGAGAAUGGCCAGUAUGAUAAAGCUGUUGACCUACUCGCUCUUGCUAAAAAGUAUUGGGAUGCACUAAAGAUCUGUAUGGAGAAACAUGUAGAAAUGACAGAAGAAUUAUGUGAGAAACUGAGUCCAGAGAAAGAUGAAAAUGAGAAUAAUCCACAAGAAAGAUUAAAAAUAUUAGAAGCUGUAGCAGAAGUGUGUAUGCAUCAAGGACAGUAUCAUAUAGCAACCAAAAAAUAUACACAAGCUGGCAAUAAACUAAAGGCUAUGAAAGCUUUAUUAAAGUCUGGGGAUACAGAAAAGAUUGUAUUUUUCGCUGGUGUUUCACGACAACGUGAAAUCUAUGUGAUGGCUGCUAACUAUCUACAGUCACUAGAUUGGAGAAAAGAUCCAGAGAUCAUGAAGAAUAUUAUAGGUUUCUACAGCAAGGGAAGAGCAUUAGAUUCAUUAGCUGGUUUUUAUGAUGCUUGUGCUCAGGUUGAAAUAGAUGAAUAUCAGAAUUAUGAUAAAGCUUUAGGAGCUCUAGGUGAAGCAUAUAAAUGUAUGAGUAAAGCUAAAUUAGCUGAUGAGAGUUUACAAGAAGAGCGAAUGGCACAGAUUAAACAUAAAAUAACUGUCAUAAAGAAAUUUGUACUAGCUAGAAAAGCAUAUGAAGAUGAUCCAGAAGAUGCCAUAAAACAGUGUCAAGUAAUAUUAGCAGAAACAGAUCAAGAAGGUUCUUUAAGAUUAGGAGAUGUAUAUGGUUUUAUGAUUGAACAUUAUGCUAAAAAAGAACGAUGGAAGGCUGCUUACUCUACAUUAGAAGAACUGAAGAGCAAGAUGCCUGUAGUCAAUCCUGCCUAUUAUGUGGAGAUGAAAACUAUUGAAGCAAUUCAUCGAGCCUUAGACAUUCCUCUUAGUCGCACGAUAAAUACAGACAGACUGAAUGGAUUCCGCAAAUCUCCAGAAGAAGAAGAUGGGGAGAUUUUGGACGAAGAAGUAGCAGAAGAAUUAGUUAAUGGAGUGUGAUAAUAUAUUUAUCUGUGAUCUUCAAUGAAUUAUAUAAUAAUUUAUUCCAAUACUUAUCACUUUAUCAUUCCAAAAUUUCAUAAAUAGUCUAUUCGUUCGGAUGAUGAAGAAAGAUAUAAAUUUGUCAUACAUACACGUUCAUUCCAAUCGCAACUGUU